UGCUUUCGUUGGUUCGGCACAGUACGCGCCCAGCGCCAACGCGGAUCGUCGCGGUGCUCGUCGUCCUCGUUUGUCGUCGACUGGUGGUGUAGUUCUCUGUUACCUUUUUUUUUUUUUUCUGUAUUCCGCUCGGGUUUUCUCUCCCCUGUACGAAUAUCUCUGCGUGUCGGCGACACAGGCCGGUCGAACGGAACGGACGAGAGCUACGGAGCAAGAAGAAAAAGAGGAGAACGUGGUUUCAGUUCGGCCGCCGUCGCCGCCGCUGUUGUCGCUGUUCUUUUCUCGACCGGCUCUCGCGAGGAGCGUGCGUCUUUCUCUCGUCGGUGAACGAACAGACACAGUGGUGGAAGAAGAAGAAACACACCGGGGAUUUUACACGCUCGUGGACACUGGACUGUGCGGCUCUCUUUCUUCCUCUUUCUCUCUCUCUCUCUGUGUUCCUCUCUGUCUCUGGUUUUCAAAGUACUGGCCGGCUCUACGCGUACCGCUAGGUCAAACACUCGAGGCACUUCAGCAUGAUAUGAUAGCAACGAUCAAGGAGAGCUCCGCCGCAAGAUGAAGAAUCCUUACGUCCUCGCGUGUUUCCUGCUGCUGCCCACAGCGUUGCUGGGCCUCACACUGCAGGAGGACGACCUGGUGUUCGACGACGUCGGCGAAGAGACGACCAGCACCGCAGCCACGGUCAUCAGGACCAACUGGUACGAGCAGAAAUACUCCCACGAUACGAGAAGGCAUCAAGGAGCAUCCUUCGAUAAGGAGCGCGUUCAUGUCGUCGUGCCGGUUGGCCACGUGCUCAAGCUCAAGGUCCACAAGGAAGCUUUCAGCGGCCCCGAAGACUACUACGAGCUGUUCGACACUGACGGGAAGCUGCUGCGAUGGUUGUAUUGGGACGACGCUGCGUCCACUCUGAUGGGCGUACCGACGAAGAAGGACGUGGGUAGACGCGUGCUGAGCGUGAAAGUGGUGCCAAAGCACGACGUGGCCGAGACGAAGGACCUGUUCGUCGUGCAAGUGAUUCCGGAGAAGCAUGAGGAAUUGAAGCACAGAAACGGAAAGACGCACUGCAGCGAAGGGGAAGAGCAGACGCUGCUGACGAUACUGCUGGAUGCCAGGUUCGACAACCUCUCGCCGGCCACUCGAGUCAAUACCAUCGAGAACCUCGCAGGAUUUCUGGGACUUCACGUGAGCGCAUUCUCGAUGCAUCCGCAAAACGCCAAGGAAAGUUUCAACGACGAUUCCACCGUGAUCCUCAGCGGACCGGGGAACGUGAAACACCGGAAAGAGAAACACCUUACGGCAGUCCAGUGGCAGGUCGGCUGCGACGGCCAUUUAUGGAGGCAUCAGACGGAUUUGGUGAAACAUCUGCGGGAACAAGCGAAAGACGGCACCUUGGCGGAAGUGAUGCAACUACCGGUUCUCUUAUGGCGCGUGAAGACGGAAUCGAGCCUGCUGUUGAGAAACAGAAGGGAGAGUGGUUCUGGACACUACAGCAAUCCGGACUACGACAAUUACGACGAUGAUUAUGACAUUGAGUACGACGGGGAGGAAGGCGAAGACGGCGAGGAUGGCGAGGACGGUGAAGAUGGCGAUGACUCGCAGGUACCGCCAACUUUCAUGCCGGAGACGAACUCUCCCAAAGCAGAUGUGCCGGAACAUCCUCACAGGCACCACCAUGGCGAAGAACCUAUCGACUGGAACACUGAAGAAGAUAUCGAUGAAAAUAUUCCAGACGAGUAUCAACCAAGUGUGGACGGUGCGUUGAAUAGAACCACUGUGGACAGCAGGUCGACCACAACAACCACUGAACUUACAUCACCACCAUCAACAACUCCAACAACCACCACCACGACGACCAUCUCAACUACUUCGACAACAACAACAACAACCAAACAACCACCCUCGUCAACGGCCACUAGUACAACAACUAGCACAACAGCGAGUACAACAAUAGCAGAUACUACAACAACAACAACAGCAACCAUCAUGCCGACCAUCAUUGUCCCAUCGACCGAGACAGCGGAGAGAUCGGAGAGCACCGAAGAGACAACGAAGAGUACCAAAUACACGGAGAACGAAUCUCUAAACGUCUCAUCCGUCACUAUACCAGAACUCACCACCAUCCCUCCUUCGGUAAUCGUUCCUCAGUCUAGCACCACAACCACAGGGACCACUCUCAGCACCGUUGUCGAAAAGACGGAACCGGACGUCACCACUGGUACCAUUAAUGUCACCACGGAAGAGCCGACGGAACAAUCGUCCACGUCUUCGACGAAACAGCCCGCCACUCUGUUACCGGCCACAAUACCUGCCAACACCACCACCACCACCAUCACCACCACCGCGUUCACAACCACCGCAUUCGUCACAAAUACCACCACGACACCUACAACAACCACACAGAUGAGAACAACACCAACCACACCAGCGCCAACAACGACCACCACCACUACCACCACCACCACUACUACCACUAUGGCUCCGACCACUGCCAGCACAACCACCACGACGACUACCACCACUCCAGCACCGACCAGCCCUGCCACCGAACCACCUAGGAUUACCACGGAAACCAUAGAGUACGGAAUUCGCAACUCCGCGCCUAAGCAAGAUAGGAGAUUGAAGAAGAUACCGGUCACUGCUGGAAAACCGUUGAACUAUGUCAUACCCGCCAACACGUUCAGCGAUCUCGAAGACGGGGACACCAGGAACCUGAAGCUGAGUCUAUAUCUGCAGGGUGCACCAUUGAAACCGAGUCAUUGGCUGCAGUUCAAUCAAAGGACGCAGGAGGUUUACGGAUUGCCAUUGGAGAACGAUAUUUCCACCUGGACGUACGAAUUGGUAGCCGCUGACAGCGAGGGAUUGAACGUGACCGAUCGACUUGACAUUCACGUACAGCAGCACAAGCUUAGUCGCAGCGUGAAUCACGAGUUUAGUAUUUACUUGAGGAUCGAUAAGCGUACUGAGUUUCCCACAGACGUUGACUGGGAGCUAAAGGUAAUUCGAGGCAUAGCCGAAUUGUACGAGGAUAGCGAUACCAGGCAUAUCACUGUCAGAUCGGUUGACAUCGAUCGGGAUCAAGCGAUUUUCACUUGGACGAACGAUAGUUUACCUAGAAGUAGCGAGUGUCCCAAAGAAUAUAUCAACGAUCUAUUGCAUGUUCUGAUCGACAGGAACGGUGAUCCCAGUUCUUCGUUGAGAGAUGUCCUUCUUCCUGAAAUCAGAGUGAAACGAGUGGUCUAUCAAGGUAUUGGACAGUGCGAGGACAUGACCCGUCCAGAGAUACCAAGGGUUUCUACCCAAGAGCCUAAAUCAAAUUUCCCACCAGUACCAAGAAACCAAGUGGACCUUGUCAAUGCCACUGUUGGCCAGUUGCUCGUAUUUAAAGUACCAGAGGAUACUUUCUAUGACGCGGAAGACGGUUCAGCAAGGAACAUGCAAAUGUCUCUGCUAACCAUCGAACGCAAGCCUAUUCCUCCGCACGAGUGGUUGCAAUUCGACAGCAAGAACCAAGAGUUUUAUGGAGUGCCAAUGCGUAGUGACGUUGGGCGCAAGGAAUAUCAACUAGUAGUCACUGACAAAGAUGGCGCGAGCGCCACUGACGGCCUAGUGGUAGUUGUUCACUCCGCGCCCUUCAUGCACCACACGGUGGAGUUCUCGAUGACUUUGGACAUCCCGUACGAGUCAUUCGCGCACUCUGCCCUUCAGAAGCGCAACUUCAUCGAGAAGCUUCGCGAUCUGUAUCAGGACAAGGAUACCAAUGCGAUCUCCUUGCACAGUAUAUCGAACGGCAGCACGGUGAUCACGUGGCACAACAGAACCUUGCCUACCUCGUAUUGCGCGCACGAAGAAGUCAGCCGAUUGCGAUCAGUGCUCGUUAAGAGUGACAACGAUCGUCGAUCCGUCACGGACGAAGUUCUAGACGUCAUGGGAGUGAAAUUCCCCGUGAAACAGAUCACCGUGAUCCCUAUGGGCAUCUGUCUUGGCGAGUUGCCAAACGUUCAUUCGCCAGACAGCCACGCUCCACCGGUGGAUGGUGAUUCCACCUCAGUCGGGGCAUUCAACGACGAUUAUCUUGUCACGUUUGUCCUGCCAGCUAUAAUAAUCGCCAUAAUGCUAAUUCUAGCCGGUAUCAUCGCCUGCGUGCUGUACAGACGAAGGCGUAGCGGCAAGAUGAGCGUCAGCGAACAGGACGACGAGAGACAGAGUUUUCGCAGCAAGGGGAUACCCGUCAUUUUCCAGGACGAGCUGGACGAAAAGCCAGAUCCAGGUAACAAGUCUCCCGUCAUUCUGAAGGAAGAGAAACCACCGCUACCACCUCCGGAGUAUCAAAAAGCCGAGGACGGUGCGGACGUGCCGAUGUUACCAAAGGAGAAUUCCGAGGAGCCGUACCAACCGCCUCCGCCAUUCGCAACGAACCGCGACACCAAUCGUCAGAAUCGUCCGAAACCCACUCCCACGUACAGGAAACCACCCCCAUACGUACCUCCCUAACAAAAUACGGUUCACUCACCCACGCGCAAAUAUAUGCUAGCGAUGCUCGGCGACUCCCCAAUACACGCGCAAAACCAAACCAACUAUCAGAAGAAACCUCAGUUUGUCGACAAAGUCGACAACCGUGGUAUUCUGAACGUAUACAGCAAUCUUAACUAAACAAAGAAAGAAAAAACCAAAAAAAAAAAAAAAAAAAACAAAAAACAAAGCUUUCGUUUGUUCCGGCAACCGAAUAUAUAUAUGUAUAUAUAUAUAUGUAUGUAUAUCGGUAUUACGAAACGAGAGAAAAGACGAAAGAUCUGUUCGCGAGAACUCACGCCAAAAGUCACGCCCACUUUUACUUACUUUGUAAUAUUAUCUAUGUACAUGUAUACUCAUUCGCCGCUAUUUAUCCGCGAUAUAUAUCGUAUUUAAGGGAAGAGAAAGACAAGGGAACGAGGGACGAGGGAAUUGUAUGUCGUCCUCGAGUCUCUUCCCUUUUUCUUCGCCUCUUUUUACUUUUGUCCUUUUAACAUACUUACGACGUACUUUUGUCAUCAGACCGUCUUGUAAUUUCGCAGGAAACAUUUUUCUAGGGAGUGUAUGGGAUUACAAAUCACGCGUUGCCUUUCGUAACGAAUUCAAACUGUAGAAAAAAAAGAGAGAGAGAGAAAGAGAGAGAAAGAAUGACGCACUACUCCGACCGGGUAAGCGGAUAGGUUUUUAGGUUUUAGGUUUACGGAAUCUUGUAGAACCAGCCAGUCGUUUAGGGCGAGAUGUAUUUUACUUGAUAAUAUGGGGUAGCAAGAGUCGAUGUGUGUAUAUGCAGCAACGAUACUCGUUAAAAUAUUUCAGUAAUAUCAGUGCCAUUUUUUAAGCAAUAAGGGUAUCAUGCUGUGAACGAAGAAAACACGUACUAUAAAUGGUUCUACGACUUAAAGCAGUUUGUCUGUUAAAAAAUGGAAAAAAAAAAAAGGGAAAAGAAGCAAACGGUCUCCAAGUAUCAAAGACUAUUGACUUAACGAAUCUUACAACGUACCUACAACGCGUAAUGCUGCCAGAUUAAAAAAAAAAAAAAAAAGAAAAAUAAUAAGAUACAUGAUAAUUUGUCGUCGGAUGAGACAGUUUUAUUCGAGCCUCUUUUUUUUUCUUUUUAUACUGUCCAUAGGUUUUUGUAAGAGGAAUGUCGAGACAAGAACGAAGGAAAUUUCGAAUAUUCUGCGAUUUUAUUGAACUGGCCCAUCCGACGAUUCGGUUAUGUCCGACUUAAAACGAUUAACUUAGUGAGAAGAGUGAGGGUUUUUUUUUUUUUUUAAGAAAAGAAAAGAAAAAAAAUAAUGAAACGUAACUUAAUCGUGUGUAUCUGUUUGCGCGAUAUGCCAUUGCAGAGUGACAGCAAAAUGCUUCCAUUGGCGCUGUAGGCCAUGCAGAAUAAAAGAAAAACUAAUGAUAAUAUAUAAAUAUAUAUAUAAAAAAAAUAUGUAUAUUACCUAUUUGUCGUUCGAUAGACAGUCUGCUGCAGUUACUUAGAUCGACGUCGUUCAGAAAAAACACUGCCAGACUCAAAUGUUAUAGCAUUUACUUAGAUUUUGUCUUGCACUUUUUAUUUCUUUAUAUCAUUUUUUUCUUUUCGCAUUAUAAUAAGCUUUCUAAUCGUUUCACGCACAAUCUGACGAACAGUUCGUUCUUUUUUAACAGCUCUGUGACUAUUUUGUAAGGGUUUCCUUUUUUUUUCUUUUUUUUUUUUUUUUUUUUUUUUUUUUUUUUUUUUUUUUUUUUUUUGUUUCUACUUUUUAUCGUUUGAAGGAGAAAAGAAACUUUUAACGAUUCUAAAAGUACAUUAAGUCGAAGGCUUAAUUUAGAAUUUAUACAGUUACCAAGCCAAAAGAAAAGAAAAAAAGAAAUGGAGCACUAACUAUUUAAAACAGAAGGGAAAGAACGGGAUUAAAAAUAAGAAGGAACAAAAGAAAAGGGGAAGGAGGAUUACUUAAUAAGACCUACUUUUUAACAUGUACACAAAUAUGCGGAAACACACUCGUACACCGUAUUGACAGGGCGCGUACACAUGUUUUUUAUAUGAAUGAUUUUAUACUAUCUAAACCAGCUGCUCUGUUGCAAAUGAAUUUUCGACUGAUUUUCGUGAACGAAUACAAAAACGAAUGGGAAACGAAGGGAAUAGAGUGAAAAAGAAACACGAUUUUUCUGGGGAUACGGGUACGUACGCACUGCCGUUUCUUCAAUACCUCGAUAGUUUCCUGAUAUUUUU